AUGCUUGUCACCCGAGUCCUCGCCGUCGCCGCUUUGGCAGUCACGAAUGUUCUGGCUAUUGCAAACAUCGAUCAGACCGUGUCGGACAUACAGGAGAUCACCCACAAGACCAGGGUCGUCAAACGCGCUAUCGAAAACUUCAACGGCGGAAUUCCUAGCGCUCUAAGGGUUGCAAAUGCCAUUUACAGCGCCCAUGCUGCUGCUGAAAUGACGCGAAAGCACAUCGGGAGCUCCGAUCCAUUCUCUGAUGAGGAUGGUGACAAGACCAUGGAUGCAUACAAUGAAUUUUAUCCAGUGCUGCUCGCGACAUUGCAAGCUGGCCAAGAAAAGGCACCCGAAGUGAGAAGGUCCGGCUUUGCGUACUUGACGCAGGGUAUGGUCAGCAAUCUGUACAACGAGAAGACUCGCGUCGAGGAAGCCAUGCACAGUCAAUUGUCGAGCAACCACAGCCGCAUGCUUGAGCCUACCAUGCACCAGGUUGACAUAGAGUUCAAGAAAACCUUGGAUUCUUACCAGGGAUAG